AUAAAUUGAUCUCCAAGUCCCUUUUUUAGAGAAGUUACCUAUUCCAAUAAUUGUUGCGGUGAUGUACGACAAAUUUGCCCCUGCCCAAACUUAACCAAGGAUCUCUUAGAAACCGCCACUUGACCGUUGCCGUCCUCUUAGUCAGACAAAAGCAUUUUGCAAGAAUCAAAGAACGAAUCACACCGACGAAUCACAGUCACACAAGUGCCAGCCUCGGAUAAGUCAGAAAGGGCAAAACCUCCAGAGAGAGAGAGAGCGAGAGAGAGAGAGAGAGAGAAUGGCUCAUGCAGUUUCGACCUCCUCCUUGCACGUCCUCAUCUCUCCGCACUUGAUCCGCAAUUCGAUUCUGGGGCUGCGCCACCGGAAGUUGCCAACUGCUCCUCCCAUGACCGCCGCGGCCUCACACCCACGAUGCGAGGCCACACAACAGUCCAUGGCGGCACCGCAGCUCAGGACUUCAACAACCACCCCAGUGGCGAAGACGAAGUUGAAGAACACGAGCAGUUACGAGAUCGAGAACUUGACAACGUGGCUUUUGAAGCAGGAGCAGGCAGGCCGCAUCGACGCGGAGCUGACCAUAGUGCUCUCAAGCAUCUCCUUCGCUUGCAAGCAGAUUGCAUCGCUGCUUCAGCGGUCGAGCAUCAUCAACCUCACCGGAGCUCAGGGCACCAUCAACAUCCAAGGGGAAGAUCAGAAGAAGCUCGACGUCGUGUCCAAUGAGGUGUUCUGCAAUUGCUUAAGGUCGAGUGGAAGGACGGGAAUCAUAGCAUCGGAGGAGGAGGAUGUACCUGUCGCCGUAGAAGAGACCUACUCAGGAAACUACGUCGUCGUCUUUGACCCUAUUGACGGAUCUGCCAAUAUUGACACUGCAUUGACCACGGGGUCCAUCUUCGGCAUUUACGGCCCCGACAAGCAAUGCCUCUUUGCUGAUGAAGACAGCUCGAUGCCCACGCUCGACCAAGCCAAAGAGAGGUGCAUCAUCAGCGUCUGCCAACCGGGCAGCAACUUGCUUGCGGCUGGAUAUUGCCUCUACUCUAGCUCGGUAGUCUUCACGCUCUCAAUAGGGAGCGGGGUGUACUCUUUCACCUUAGAUCCUGCAUACGGUGAAUUCGUGCUGACGCAUGAGGACAUCAAGAUACCGGAAACAGGUAAAAUCUACUCAUUCAAUGAGGGGAACUAUGACCUGUGGGAUGAGAAAUUGAAGGGCUACCUCGACCACCUCAGGCAGCCAGGCUCCACUGGCAAGCCCUACUCUGGCCGUUAUGUCGGAUGCCUUGUCGGAGAGAUCCAUCGGAUGCUGCUAGUGGGUGGAAUAUAUGGGAACCCCAAGAACAAUAAUGCUAAGAAUGGGAAUCUGAGGCUUUUGUAUGAGUGUGCACCAAUGAGCUAUCUGGUCGAACAAGCCGGAGGAAAAGCAACUGAUGGAGUCCAGAGAAUACUCGACAUCAAACCAGAAAAGAUCCACCAGCGUACACCGAUAUUCAUCGGAAGCCCAGAUGAAGUCGACAAACUACAGAAAUACUUGGCUUGAGUCAGGUGCCUCCCUUGUGGAAUAUCAUUAUACAGACUCUAUGUAGUUGGUGUGGUUGGCAUAAGAUGCAUGACAAAGCAAGAAAGUCCAGAGAUAAGCUAGCAACGCCAAAGGCUUGGAGCGGUCUCAACGGGGAUGAAUUCAGUCAAAGGUGGCAAGUCUUAGAAUUGUAAAAGCGAUAAUUUGCCACCUCAACUAUGUUUCUCAUUCAAGCUAGUUGGAAAUGGCAUACGCGUAACACAUCAUUCCGCUGCUGAUGUACAUGUAGAUGUAGAUACUUGCAACCACACAAUCUUCGACCUCAGCAUUUCAAGACGAAAAUGUUUUACUUGUGUGAGAAUAAUCCUGUAGCCUGUCAAAAUCAGACCUGAAAUGUCACGCUGACAAUGAAAACUGUUCUCAAGAUGUCA